AUGGCGGCGCCAAUAGACGAGCACAUCCAGCGGAUCAUCGACCAUGUCUUCCUACCGCCAAAGCUUCCGCAAAAGGAAGACGACUCCAGCGACAUACCUCUCAUCCGCGCCACCGUGGAUGCCUUGACGACUCUCCGCGACACGGUCCUGCCGAACGCUCAUACUAUGGCAAUGAAAAUCAGCCGCCAAAACGCCGGUGUUCUCAUUACGAAGAAGGAGGAUGAGCUGAUCUUCGAGGUCUUCGAGCUCUCACCACGCAAUGAAGAUGUCAUUGCAACAAAAGGCCGACUUAUUCGCACAUUCCCAGCAAACGCGGUGGCUGUAAACUGCAGCUUGUUGGAUCAGACGGAUUUCCCGUCAAUGAUCGCUCAUACGCUCUCUACUAUGUGCCACCAAACAGUACGAGAAAUGCAGCCUCGCUCCAAGAAGGCUCAGAAGAGUCACGAGGAGGACCGCGACACAAACUCUCCCGCCAUGAUCUCCGAGCUUUUUCUCAGCGUGCUUAGAGGAAUCGGCGAGUCAUAUCCAGCUUACUCUAUCAUGAAGAAAGCGCGAGAAGAGGUACUCUUUGACAACGCGAAGGUGCCUUGGCGGAGGUCUCCAAUGUGGCUACUCAUCCGUGUCACUCUUCAGCUUGUGCUUACAAGAUCGGCUGGGGGCUCUCACAAACUCUACAAAUUGGUAAUGCUGUCCAUCAUGGGCCACAUCCUUCGCGCGGCAAAAGCGACACCCGUCGACAUGCUCUACAUCAUGAACGCCAAAAUCGAGCGCCGACUUCAGAAACUGUCCCAGGUGCCACUCGAUCUUGUGGGCAGGGCCAUCAUCGAGGAUGUUUCGAGCAUUGUUCGAGGUUCCGCCCGAGCCAUCACACAAACCUGGGACAGACAACAAACACUCAACGCACGCGACUUGAAUCUAGCUGCCCUCACCACGCUCAACUUCGACACAGAUGAUGUCACGGGCAUUCCAAAGCUCGAGAAGUACCUUCAACACCUGAAAGCUCGGCAGCAUAGUACCGGCCCAUCCAACUUCGUGCCUUCUUCAGGGCUCAUCAAAUUCGCCCAUGAUGAUUUCCCGCACCUUCCGACGUCGAAUGCGAGUGAUUCGUACUACGCGUCGGCCUGUCUUCAGUCUUUUGAACAAUGGGUCGCUCGCCAUCUACAACAUUUCAUGGACGGUUACGAGAGACCAGACGCAUGCGAGAAAUUGGAUGAGCUCUUGUCCCGAUAUCAUGGUUUGUCUUGCGCUUACUAUGCUGCCGAUAACCCAGAAGCCAAGUCCAAUAUGAUAUUGGUCAUCUUUGAACUCUGGGUGGCUUGCGACAAAGCUGCGGUCCGCAUCUGUCCACUUCUCACGAAAUACGACCCGGGCAUUCCUGUACAGGUUCUUCAAAGCCUGAUACUGCCAGAUUUGGAGCAGAUGGCGAGGAUGUCAGAUGUGGAGGCGUACAUCAACGACCGGUCACGAAGCAGCAUGCGACCAUCCAGGUCUUUGUUUGACACAAGAGACGCCCAAGGAUUUGCUGCACAAUACUACGAUCAGUCCGACAUGCACAAGUCCCUCUUCUCCGUCAUCGAGGCGGAAGCGGAGAAAGCUCGUCGACGGAAGAAGGAAGAAUAUCGAAGUACCAUGAGCGAAUACCGCCGCCUUGAUGCGCUCUGCAGUCGCACUGAACACUACAACGAGACGAGGAUUGUUGACAGCUGGUGCGACCCCCCAGAGACCGAAGAGGUACACGUCACGAACAAAUGUGACAAAUGCCGCUACGAAAACGAGCGCAACAGUCUUGCUAUUGGAGUUCAUGAGUGGCCGCUUCCCGCAAAUCCAGUAGAGUCGAAGGCUGUGGUAUUUGAGCUGAAGGCGCCAUCAUGGUUAUCUUUCUGGAGGAGUUGCAGAUUCUUUCUGCUCCAAGACGUGCUCAAGGGCACCCAUCCCAAAGCCACUCUUCGCGCUGAGUACCGACUCAAUUCAAAUGACCCUCAUUUGACCAGUAAAUACUUCCUCCAGCCGGGAUCCCGGAAGAUUGGGCUUCUCUCGGAAAGCAAGCCGAUGUGUGUAACCCACUAUCGCAGCAAGGCAAUUGCUGGCCUCCGAGAAUCCGAUUUGUGCGUCAACAAUGGCCUGCAGUACCAAUACUAUGACAACUCGAAUGACGGAUAUAUUGGCCCACUGGUCUUCAGAGAUGAAGUCGCGCGUGCCUGCACUUAUUCUCUGCCCCACCCAGCGUUACAAAAGUACAUUUUCCGCACCGCUUCCAAUCCCGAUGGAGUUGGCCCAAAUACCGUCAUUGCAUCCCAGGAUACUUGCCCAGAGAGCAUGACACUCGCCGAGUUCACCGAACUCACUACGAUGCCGUUGGGCCAUCACAUUCAGUGGGCAAACAUCGUUCUGCAAUUGGCGAUGCCCGGUGUGGACUUCAAGAAGGUGGAGACUUCGUUGGUUAUUCUCCAGUGCAUUUACCAGGCCGGUCCGCCUGGCGUGGUGCGCUCUGUGUUGCGAGAAUCCCACGCAAUCUUCAAUGACGACGAUAAAGCCCUGUUCAUCCUCGAGCAGCUCUCCCUCGCUAUCCAGCGUGUGAAGGAGAAUUGGGAGUCGGCACAAGCUCUCAGCACUUUCGUUGCCAUUGCCGCUCGCAUUCUAUCCCUCAACAAGAAUGCUAGAAGCGCAUCUCUGAAGUGCUUAGAGACCGCUCGUCACAUUACAGCUUCCUGGCUGCAAUCCCUUUGUGACAAAGCUCAUCUAGCCACAGAUCACGUCGAUCGGACAGCUUUCGCCAACAAGGCCGUCGAGGUGGCUUUGGUCUGCGCGUUAACGUACGAUGUUGGCGACAAGGUCCUUGAGGGUAUCCUGAAGUCGUCAUCGAACGCCUCCAUUCUUGUGCAGGCUUCGAUCGUCAUCCAUGAGGGUGAGCAUUGCCAAAGCGCUCUAGAAGGCGCUCGUCUUGCUCGACUCGCCCUCCGAUUCAAGCGACUGCUUUUUCGCAGCUACGGAUUCCUCGCCAAGAACGCUGCCGGGAUGGACGAUGCUGUCAAGAAGUCGUGGUCGGGCUACGUUCCCGGAGCCGGCGGCUGGAACAUCGUAUCGAAUAAGGUCGAUGACUGGAUCACAACAGACACGGCCCGGACGCAAGGUGCUACCAUGCGCGUGCAUUACAAUCUACUUACUGGGCAAUUGCUCGUGAAUGGAUUGCCUCUGGACCAACCGCCCAAACAGUACCGAGACAGACCCUUGUUCUCUAUCAUAUUCGGCAAGGCGCUGGUGGAGGUCAUGCCCGCAUCAGCCGCUGGCUUCCAAUUUUCGACGAAGCGAGCAUUUGAGGGCUACGAAGUUCAGCUCGGCAUGGGCACUCUGCCCAAUGCUGCUCAUGAGGAACUCAUCGUCCAAGCUAAACGUGGAGAUACGACGUUCGAGACCCUCCCAAAGGAAAUUCUUCAAGAGACCUUCCCGUCUAGUUUUGUGGAGGACUACGUCCAUUGGUACCAUUCUGAAUCCGAUGUUUUGGAAUUCCGCCCAGCACAGGACCCAUGGAAUGCCAACUCCACAGCUCUGUGGACAUUGAGGCGGUCAAAAGAUCGCUCAGGCUGGCGUCUCACCAAAGAUGGCAGCUCGCUCCUGGGUCUCGGCAGCAGGACCUCAAAAAUGGUCGGCCAAAUUCUCAGUCCAUUGGCCGACAGCUCAGACAUCCAUAUCGUUUUGCCACCGUCGGAGCGUCUCAUUCAUGUCGAAAUGCCACAUCUGCGACACGGCUUUGUACUCCAUCAGGGAAGUUCCUCUCUGCAGUCCAUAGAGUUCCGCUCCAUGGAGGUCGAUCAAGAUCAGUGCUUGGGGACGCUCAUUGGGUUCAAGAACAAGGUCGUCUUGAGAUCCAACGACGGCAAGCGGCGCGUCCUCCUUCUCCAUUCACCAACCGUCGCCUAUAGCAAGCACUAUGCGCAUGUCUCCGUUACGGCUUCCAAGAAGACAGCCGCCAAAGUACACUCUCUGGAGAUCAACGAUCUGGGCCGACUGCUCGACAAUGGCGAACUCAUGUGCAAAUUGUACGUAGCGUACCUCCACGCGCUCACCUCUUUCUGUCUCCCAGAUCCGUUGACGCGCAAGACCGGGACCGAACAAGCACUGUCUAUUCUGGAGUCAGCGGCAGUAAGGUCAUUCGACCAACUGACCGAGGAGAACCUGGACUUGCUUGGGAAGAUUGCUUCUUUGAGCCCAGGCCGAUGCUACUAUCCCGCCCAUGAACGUGUCAUGCAGACAGUUGACUGGGACAGCAAUCUUAGCUUUCUAUCGCAGCACGGGCGGUUGGAAACAGAUGUCAGAAAGAUCUUGACCCAAGCAGAAAAAUCUCAAUUCCUGUUCCCUGGAGCAUCUCUCGAGUCCCCUCUUCUCCCGAAUGUCGACCAGCACCUCCAGCAGCGAGAUAGCAUCAAGUCAUCCGUGUUCAGAACCUCUGGAUUUGGAGCGGAAGACCACACAACAGCGCAUGACAAGCCUUACAAAGCACGAGAUCUGGGUUGGCGUUCUCAACGAUCAACUAACUCCGCUCUCAUGGCAGGCCUCGUUAUGCGCAGUAGCUCACAUGUACAUUGGGAACCGCAGACGGCGGGUCAACUCUGGCAGCUGGUGUGCAAUUACAGCCAAAUACACGGAUAUGAGCUGCCCAUCAAUCGCAACAAAUUGAGAUACGACGCAACCGUGCUGGAGGAAGGACAUGAGUUCGCCAUCACCCGGCUGCCAGCCCUGGUUCGAUGGAUGAGCAUUACCCAGCAAGUGCAGCAGAACCACUUCUCCAUUAUGAUGUGGCUAUCGACUAUGGCCUUCUCCCAGGAUGCAAAAGUGCCGGUCCUCCAGGUUAUUGCUAUGCUGCCAAAGCUCAGCGUCGCCUUCCGCGACAGCACUUCGAGGAUCGAUUCUUUCACGCCAGAAGACGGGGUGGUCUGCGAUAAGGCUGUCCUGAAGGUGAUUGUCGAUCAUAACCGCCUUCCGUACCAUUCCUACCCCGAAUACAAUAUUACACGCCUUUGGAACGAACGACAGAAUGUCUACGCUGCUCGCCGCAACAACGCUUGCCAGGUCGCGGCUGAUGCAGCAUCUACACGGAUUGUCGAUGCGCUGUUCAAUCAGUGGCGUGCAGAGACUGUGGUUGAGCCUUCGUUGGACGUUUCGCGGUACGUCGACGUUGGCAAGGUCAUCGCCGCGGUCGGCAGGAAAUUCAAAGUCUGGCAUGACAACGGUCUUCUUCAAAGCGAACUUAUUCGCAUUGACCAAACCAUCGCAGGUUGCAAGCUCCAGCCUGUGCAGCUCCCCGGUCUUACUACCCAGAGCCCUCAACCGCACGCAGCUCUUCCAGGAUAUACCUCGGAGGCUGACUUGUUCUCUGGAGCCCCGCCGCAGCUGCCCGAGAAUUGUCGAGUGUUGGUACUCUCGGCAUCGCAAACUCAGACACCUGGUCCCGCAAAGCCGACGCUUCUCAGCUCUCUGGUUAUGCGCUUGGAGACGUCGGCUGGACAGUCGAAGUACGGGAAAGACUACGUUGCAGAUCUCAAAGACAGCUUGAACGCUCUCUUGUCCCGUGAUGCUGAACAAUUGGCCAUCAUGGACUUAGAUGCACGGGCGUUGUCUAGACACUUGGAUGACUGCAAGGCCCAUGCUAAGAAGCUCUACGACCUUCUCGUCGCUUCGGUUGCUCCGGCAUCGAUAUCCUCGAAUGUCCCUACAGAUCAUCAGUGGCCGAGAGUAUCACCACUGCUUUUCCUUCGACAGCUAUCCCGCAAUCGGUGGUCCGAUCUUUCCCCUGGUUGGAAGUCGUGCAUCGUCAAAUACGGCAUCGCUCUCACCGAAGUGCAACGUGCAGAGCGACUUGUGCAACUAUCAAACCCGUGGCGCGCUGAAGAACUUGCCAACGAACUCCGCAACACCGGCCAUGAGAAUUGGAGCGCGAUGGAUUACCCCGAGUCUCUGCUCAUCGAAGUCGAGAGUGGUAUUAUGAUCCGCGAAGUCCAAGAAGAGAUUGCAGGCCAUAUGAGGCGGCCUUCGACCAACAACAACUCCGUUAUGCAGCUAAAUAUGGGCGAGGGGAAGUCUAGCGUCAUUGUUCCCAUUGUUGCAGCCGCUCUUGCAGACGGCGACCAGCUUGUAAGGGUGAUUGUCGCGAAGCCACAGUCCAAGCAGAUGGCGCAGAUGCUCGUUUCCAAGUUUGGAGGAUUAGUCGACCGCCGCGUCUACCAUCUGCCCUUUUCGCGGUGCCUGAAGCUCGACCGUGCCGCCGCCGACGCCGUCGGUAGCAUUUUGAAGGAAUGCAAGUCCAAUAGCGGCGUCCUUCUCGUCCAGCCAGAACAUAUUCUCUCCCUGCAGCUUAUGGCCCCAGAAUGCUAUAUCACCGGCAAGGAGUCGGUUGGCCAAUCGCUUAUGGAGACACAAGACUUCCUCGACGAGUACUCCCGAGACAUCGUUGACGAGAGCGACGAAAAUUUCAGUGUUCGAUUCGAGCUUAUCUACACGAUGGGUCUGCAACGCUCGAUCGAGUUGAGCCCCCAUCGCUGGCUCCUCUUGCAGCAACUUCUGGAUCUUGUGAGGCAAUUUGCUCCUAUCUUAGCUCAAGAGUUUCCUCUGUCUUUGGAGGUCGCCCCGAGUGUGGCGGGCAGUUUCCCUAGGGUUCGCAUUCUUCGACCAGACGCCGAGGCAGCGCUUGUGCACGCAGUGGCUCAGCGUAUCUGUGAUCUUGGUCUGAGUGGCUUCCAGAUUUCGCGGCAGCCCGACGAGGUCCGUAGAGCGGUCUACACGUACAUCACCAAGUUCGAUCUGAGUCGCGAUGAGGUCAAGGCCGUGGAGAACGGCGUGUUCUGGACGGAGACCACCAAGUCGCAUCUCCUUUUGCUCCGAGGAAUCAUUGCUGGCGGCGUUCUGGCCUUCACUCUUGGGCAGAAGAGAUGGCGUGUCAACUAUGGACCUGCAUCCCGCCAGCCCCCCACCAAGCUGGCUGUUCCAUACAGAGCGAAAGACAGCCCAUCGCCUAGGUCCGAGUUCAGCCAUCCCGACGUUGUCAUCACGCUCACGUCUCUUUGCUACUACUACGAUGGGCUCAGUGAUGAUGAUCUUUUCGUCGCAUUGGGACACCUGAUGGACUCUGAUCAAGCAGACAUCGAAUACCAGGCGUGGGUGAAGGAUUCCGACGGCCUUCCCGCUGCUUUCAAGCAGUUGCAAGGUAUCAAUCUGAAAGACCGGCCUCAGUGUGUCUGUGAGUUGUUCCCAGCCCUGCGGUACGGGAAGAACGUCGUCGACUACUUCCUGUCGCAUCAUGUCUUCCCAAAGGAGAUGAAAGAAUUCCCUAACAAACUUUCCGCCUCUGGCUGGGACAUCGGCAAGAAAAAGAACCGCGUCACUACUGGCUUCUCCGGUACUAAUGACUCUCGACCACUGCUACCUUUCGAUGUUGGUCAUCUGAACCUCGAGCAGCAAAAGCAUACCAAUGCUCUUGUGCUCAACAAUAUCCUCCAACCGGAGAACUCAGUGCAGCUGAUGGCACGUGCUGGGCAGGAUUCGUCAGACGCAGCAAACCUUUUGGCAACGGUCAGUCAACUUGACCCACCUGUGGAGGUUAUCCUCGACGUUGGUGCCCAGAUUGUGGAACUCGACAAUCAAGAAGUUGCAGCUACGUGGCUGCGGAAGUACAAUACGACCAAAGAGGCCGCAGUCUUCGUCAAUGACUCUGACGAGCUAUGCGUUGUCGAUCGACAUGGCCGAAUUGAUCUACUGCAGACGUCGUCUUUCGCAACUCGUCUGGACUUAUGCCUUGUCUUUCUUGACGAAGCGCAUACGCGUGGUAUCGAUUUGAAACUACCAUCCACAUACAGAGCGGCGCUUACGCUGGGCGCCAAUCUGACCAAAGACCGUCUCGUGCAAGCUGCCAUGCGUAUGAGAAAAUUGGCCAAGGGACAAACUCUUGUCUUCGCAAUUUCCGAGGAGAUUCAAGCCAAGAUCCUCGAGUGCACCUCGAAAUCGGAGCCGAGCGACAUCACGGUGGAGGAUGUUCUCUUCUGGUCCAUGAAAGAGACCCACGUGGAAGUCCGCCGCAAUAUGCCCCUUUGGGCCGUUCAAGGCGAGCGCUUUGUCCGCCAGGAGAAAAUAUGGAAGGCUGUGCGUCGCAACGGCAAGACCGAUUUGACCAAGACACACGCCGAGAAAUUCCUGGAGGAAGAAGCUCAGACAUUGGACGACCGCUACCGUCCACGCCAAUCCAGUGACCAGCCGAUCCACUUGAGUGACAGCACAGAUCUGAGUUUGCAGCGAAUCGCUGAUCGCUGCCGCGAGUUCAACGACCUGCAAUUCAACUCCAGCACGCUACAAGAGGAGCAAGAGCGCGAGCUGUCGCCUGAAAUCGAGGCAGAGCGACAAGUCCAGAGAGCACCACCUGCGAAGCCAGCUCCGCACAGCUUGCACCCUGAUGUCCGUUCUUUCGCCACUACUGGCCAAUUCGCCCGUGGAUCCGACGCUUACAUGCCUGCUUUCGAGGCAAUGUCUGACUCUAGUGCAGCCCAAGGCCUAGGGUUUGCAUUGUCGCAGCUCGCUGGAGGACGUCAUCUCAUGGCCACGGCGGACUUUGCCCGAACUGUCGACAAGUCGGGUAAUUCCUACAUCUCAGAUGCGUUCCAGAGACCCGUCCAGUGGCUGCUGACCAGCUGUUCGAAGGGCUCGAGCAAUGUCGACCGCAUUCUCGUCGUCAGCCCGUACGAGGCCAACUGGCUCUUCCCGCACAUGAAGAACACGAAAUCCACUACCCUGCAUGUGUACAAGCCCCGCUGCCACUCUGGCUACCGCCCUCUUGACGAGCUGGACUUUUGCACAUUCUCGGCGCAAUCUGCACCGCCGGUCGUGCCACGUGCAUUGGCCGUGCAGCUGAAUCUAUUCGCCGGGCAGUUGUACAUCAGCACAUACGACGACUACAUGGAGACGUGCAAGUUUCUUGGUCUUUCCUCAAAGGCGUUGACGCAAGAGAUGGGUCAACAGGGAUGGCAGGUGGAUGCGAACGGAUUCAUUGAGAGAGAUGAGCAGGGUCGGGUUGGUGGAGAGUCCGGGUUGACGAAGAGCCCGGUCAACUUCUUCAAGAUCCUCAUGUCGAAGAUUCGGAGAAGUGGAGAGAACAUCUCCAAGACGCAGAUGGGCAGCUUGUUGGAUGGUAAGCUCUUCGAGGAGUCUGAUUUUGAUGAGUAG